UGCCUAUUCAGUAGUGGGCGGUUACAAAAGAAAAAUCACAUGCAUUUUACGUUCACAGGCACAAGUAAUGAUCCUACAUACCGUACUGGUACAGAAGUUCCAGUUUUCGUCCAAACUCACAGAAACGUCACCAUUUGUAUUUCGUUAUGUAAACGGAUAAUUACACCACUCAUUUCGAUACAGAUUUAUAUUCGCAAAAUAAUGGCAAACAAGGAUCGAAACAAAACAAUAUUGCUGGAAUUGGGGAAACUGCCAGACAACAAUCAAUGCGCAGACUGUGGCGCGCCGGGUGAGUGACAAUGUAGUUCCAUUUAAAUCCUAGUCAAUUCAGGAUAUGAGUUAUGGAUGAAGUUGCCAAUGAGUGUACUGUUUGUUCACAUGAAUUAAAUAAACCCAUGUUCUGUAUGUGUGUGGUGUGUUAAAUAAUCAUGUGUAGGGUAAAUGCUUGUGUGUGUCAUCUAGAUAUUGCAUUCUCCCUACUUUCAAAGCACGUUAUACACAACAAUAACAACUUCUACCUACAAGGCCUGCACGCUCAUUAGGCAGGAUUAGGCGACCGCAUAUGGCGGCAGUUUGAAGAGGGCGGCAUUUUCUGAGCAAAACUGACCAAUACGCACCUCCAACAACACAUACAACCUCACAUAAUUCUGUCCAAAAACAAUGACAAUUUCUCUCAACCAGUGGCAUAUGGGCAUUUUAGGUGAGCGCUGAUGCCGCCCUGUGAUAAGUAGUGGCCACUUUGUUAAAGGCAGGGGCGCAAACAUAUUUAGCUUGUCCAUUCCCAGCGCGCCUCUCCGGAGUGCUGUUGGAGAGACAUCGCUGCCAUGCUCCACCAACGUUCCGUCAAAAAAAACGUUCUAACAUAAAUCAUGUAGCAUAUAUAGUAGCCUAUAUGGUAGAAAUAGGAUGUGGCAUUUUCUGUAGCCUACAGGCUGGAGAUGAAAUGUAUGACAAUGUAAUGAGACAUCGUGCAGGUUUCUCCGAUCAAAUAGCCUAACCUAAAUGGCGCCCAAUCAAAUAAAAAAUGUGCUGACAUGUUAACGAACAAUAUAUUGGGUGCGUUCAUAAAUUAACUCUGGCUAUCUACUCCCAUUUCAGAGCACUCUCGUCUUGUGCCAGAGCGCAGAAUAACAUGAAUUUACGAACGCGCAACACCCGUUGAAUAUGACCGGUGUCAGUAAACGUCGGCAAAAAAAAAGUUAUUAAAUUGUUGCCAGCAGCACAGUUACAGUCACCAACGUUCUAGAUAACAUGAAAACAGCCUAACCAGUUCUGCUAGUACGAGUAAAAUGGUCAGAGUGAGGUGUUCUCUCAUUUGUGUCUGGAAGUAGCUAGCUAGCCAAGUUAGCUUGUGUUACUGACUGCGGUUGUGAGGUCAGAACGCUCGGAUCAACCCUACUCCCCCGCCGGAGCGUUCAGUGUGCGCUCUCAACGCUCCGAAAGCGAAACGCUCUGAAUUCACGAACGGACCAUCUAACAACGCUCUGAAUAUACGAGGGCACUCUGCCAGUCCUAAAUUAAUUUAUGAACACGCCAUAGAAAUAUGCUUACACAUUCGAAUGUCUCUCACCCUAUCACACAAUGUUAUGCAAAUUAGUUGCUGUAUGUGACGAUGAUGCUGGGGCAUGCCGAGGGAGAGUUUUUCGAGAGGCACUUGUGUGCGUCGGAUUAGUUCUGGGGUGCACUGUGUUCAUCCAAAUAAAUUACAACUUGUUUAUUUUAUGGGAAAUCGUCAUCCUAGACUGUUUAUGCUAGUCAACAAACUACAUGUGAAUUUCGGUGGCCUUACAGGCUCAUUACAAUAUCCUAAAAACAGGACAGCACCAGCCAUUACCACAAGCCCUUCCUCCCCAAUUAAGGUGCCACCAACCUCCUGGGGUGUAAACACAUUGCAAAUAGGCUCAGUAUAAAGUUGGGUAGCUGAUAUUCCGAGUUUAAAUAGCCAAAUUGAUUAGUCACAGGAAUCAGGACUAAUAAAGUCAAUGCAAUGGCCUGUUUUACAAACAGUGGGCCUAACACAUGGAUGGGCAUGCCAAAAAUUCCAUUGCAGGCGGACAGGGUAGGCUACACCCCAGGAAGCACCGACAUCUUUUGGACCAACAGUCAUUUUUUGGUGCAGUCCAGACCGGCCUUGAUUUCCACAUCCACGGACGUUGGUUUUUGGUCCGGUCUGGACAAGCCUUGAUUUGGGCCAAACAUAGACGUCUACAGUAUGUUUGGUUCAGAUUUGGUCCAGUCUGGACCAGCCUUGAUUUGAUCCAAACAUGAUCUAUAAAUUACAUAUUUUCAAAUUUAAUUCAGAACCGAAAAUGAACCUGAUUUCAAUGUCCGGAAAAUACGUAUUUUCACCUUUCAUUCAGAAACUAAAUUGAACGUAACGUCAACGUCUGGAAAAUAUGUAUUUUAGACGUCUUUUCAACUUCAUUUUGCUUACUGGGACUAUUCUAGUUUUGCAGGGGCAGCAAUAUUUUUGACUUGCCUAGGGCGGCAGAAUGGCCAGGACCAGCCCUGAUCACCAUUGACCAUUUUGAUAGAUAUCAGUGAUUUUCAGUGCUGAUUGACACCACACAGAGAUGGUCAUUCAUUCUUUGAUCUCUGUUUUUCCAUAAGCUUUGAGUGAUCUUGAGAGUCUUGUCUCUUUCUGGUGAUCCUCCCGUCCUCUGCAUACACUGUAUAGAUCCUGACUGGGCGUCCUAUAAGCUGGGUGUGUUUGUGUGUCUGAACUGCUCUGGAGUGCACCGCAACCUGUCCAACAUCAGCCGCGUCAAAUCCAUACGGCUCGACUUCUGGGAUGACGAGCUAGUGGAGGUACUGAAUGGAUCUCUUACAGCAGUGGUCACCACCAACCAUGGUUCUGGAGAUCUACAGGGUGUUCAGGUGUUCAUUCCAGCCCAACACUAACCAGAUCAAUCCAUCAACAAAUCAUCAUUAAUUUUUGCUGGGGUGGAAUUAAAGCCUUCACAACCAAUAUCUCUUCAAGACCAGGUUUUGUGACCACUACAUGACAAUUUCACUCCUGGUCCUCAUCUUGGAGGACCACUUUUGAUACUGGUUUGGUUUGCAAUCUUAAUUAAUACAAUAUAUUUGUGUUCUCUGUUUUCUUCUUUUGGGGUGUUUGUUUGUGAACGAAGUUCAUGAAAACCAAUGGAAACGCCACAGCCAGAGCCGUCUAUGAGAAAGCAGUCCCAGCGUUCUACUACCGGCCCCAGCAAGAAGACUGUGCGUAAGUGUUGCCAUCCCAGGUCAUUUCACUACUUCACUGACACUACAGUGUACUUGACAUUGGGCACUAGUUUUUGUAAUUUAAUGUCUGUCCUCAAAUCAUCCUCUGGCUGGUGGUACAAACGAAUGGCAGCAUUUAGAGAAGUUGAAGGAUGCUGACUUUGCACAGCAAUGUAGGAAGAGGAAGGAAAGGAUUGUAUUGUUUAAAAAAACUAAAAAAAACAGAAGUGGUACUUCUGACAAUGGAAUUAUAAAUAAUUUAACCAGUCAGUACAUUUUUGUCUCUCCCUCCCAAUGAAUGUUAAAAAAAAAAAAAAUGCAAUGGACAAUGCUUUGGGUUUCUAUGCACCCUGUCUAAAGCAAUGCAGGAGAAACUCUGGACUCAAUGAUCCGAUAAGCCUGUUAUACUGUAGAACAUCUCAUCCCUUUUACCCCUAGUGUCCUAAGGGAGCAGUGGAUAAGAGCUAAAUAUGAGAGGACAGAAUUUACCGGCGAGACAAAGUAUCCUCCACUGGCCUACACGACAGGUGAACUGGCUUUACUGCUUGUCUGUGGACGUUCAAAUGACUUAUAUUAUAUCACAUAUUAUAACACUUAUAACACAUAUUAUAACACAUAGAACCUCUGCCUUUUCUUCUAUAUUUCUAUAUAUAUUCUAUUCUUUUAAUUUUGGUCCUCUGUAGCUCAGUUGGAAGAGCAUGGCUCUUGAAACGCCAGGAUAGUGGGUUUGAUAAAAGCGUCUGCUAAAUGAUCCAUUUGUUUUUACACUGCUGCUACUCACUGUUUAUUAUGUAUGAAUAGUCACUUUACCUCUACCUACAUGUACAAAUUACCUCGACUACCCUGUACCCCCACACAUUGACUCGGUACCGGUACCCCCUGUAUAUAUAGCCUCGUUAUUGUUAUUUUAUUGUGUAACUUUUUUUAUUUUUUUUCCUUAGUUUAUUUAGUAAAUAUUUUCUUAAGCCUUUCUUGAACUGCAUUGUUGAUUAAGGGCUUGUAAGUAAGCAUUCACGGUAAGGUCUACACCUGUUGUAUUCAGCGCAUGUGACAAAUACAAUUUGAUUUGAUUUGAUACAUUGAAGUGUCUGCUAAAUGACAUACAUUGAAACGCCUGCUAAAUGACACAUUGAAAUAUAAAUAUUGCCCACAGUGAGGCAUUUUGCAGGGUCAAUGUAGUUUGUUCAUCAUAGAAUGACAAGAAAAACCUGUUCUUGCCACACUGACACUUCUGUGGCAGAGCAUCGUUUACUUGAGUGAAAACCACACCCAGGGACAUGAUAGAGGGCACAUUUCUUUAGAGCAAUACCCACAUGUAUUGAUGAGUUGCGGAAAUGUAACAGAGUACAUUUCAUUGGGUCCAUUUCAGGUUUCUAUGAAGGGAUGUUGUGGAAGAAGGGGAAGGAGAAGGGACAGUUUCAGAGAAGGAAGUUUGUUCUGUCUGAGAAGGAAUUCACCCUGGCUUACUACAACAAGGAGGAUGUAAGUGUGAGGUCAUUGACUUGCUGGGUAGCUUUGCUGCAGGGCUACAUUACUAAACUGUUUAUGGUCACAUACUUUGAAAGUGUGACUCUACUGAAAGGUGAAAAGAGUUCAGUGCCAUAGAUCUGCUAAUAUUUACAAGGGUUCACUUGUGAUUCAUCUUAACAUUUAUCAUUUGACUAUGACGUACGUUCAGUUUUAUCUCAAGUCAGGCUUACAAAUACUCCAACUGUUGACUGUCUUAAGGCACAUUGUUGUGUUUUCACUGGGCUUGCCUUGUACGCAUCAUCACUCUGCGCCCUCAGCCGUCCAAAGGGCCCAAAGCGCUCAUCUCCAUCAAAGACGUGAAUGUGACCUUUCAACCUGAGAAGAUUGGUCACGCCCAUGGUUUGCAGAUGACCUACCAGGAAGACAGCCACACCAGAAGCCUUUAUGUCUACCACGAGAGUGGAGAGGUAGGCAUUUCUUUCUGUAUUUCUCUCUUCAUUAUAGAAGAGUAGCUUUUGUAUAGCCUGGUGAUCAACGAUCUGUCACUGUGUGUUUUAUCCAACUCCUUUGCCAUAUGUUUGUUAUGAAAGUGAAAACUACAGAGGAGUUGGCUAAAUCACAAACUGAUCUCCCGGUACUACCAGGUGAGAUAAGAGAAAGACGUUUGCCGUCACAUGGCCUCAUCCAAUACGUGAGGAAGUGAGCAAGAAGCAAUGCAAAAAUAUUUACAACUUUGCAAAACAAGCUUUUGUUCGUGCUUUUGUCUGAGAUCUUUGCCGUUCCGCUUGUAUUCACAGUUAGUAGGAGAUCGUUUUUAUGGCAUCCUCCUGUAGCAGAUUAUGCUGUAUAUCAGUGUGUAAAGCUUACUAGUCUUCCCUGCUCAGGAGAUUGUCAACUGGUUCAAUGCCAUUCGUGCUGCUCGCUUUGCCUACCUGAAAACAGCAUACCCCACAGGAAGUGAUAAAGAAGUAAGUGUUUAUUAGACUAUAUUUCAGUAAAGUUCUCUCUGGUAUAUGCCCUUCUUUUCAACCAUGUUUGUACUGGCACAGUAUCUCUAUUUCCAUCAAAUCAGAGGCUACCAAUGUCCCCCCCACAUGAAUUUGGUAUUUUGAUUGUACCCUGUAGACCAUUCACUUUAGGGUGUAAAUAUUGUACUAUAAAUUGUGCAUUCCUGUAUUAUACUUAUGCUAAAAUGUCUAUUCUAUUCUACUGAGCCGUUUACUUUAUGUUCAUAUUCUUAUAUGUUCAUAUUUCUUAUUGUUGUUGCAUUGUCCAGAAGGAACCUGCAAGUAAGCGUUUCAUUGGACAGUGUAUACCAUGUGUAUCCUGUACAUACGACUAAUAAAACUUGAAACUUUAGGGUGUUGUUAUGCCAUGUGAAGACAGACUUUUAUGAACCAAUGCAUUAGAGGAAGUUCUACAAGUUUCAGAUUUGAGAGGGUGCCUAAGGAUAUAUUCAGCAACCGUAGCGAUCAACAACUACCAUUGCAAUUAGCAAUAAAUUAACUGAUACUUAUAAAUGCUUCUUCUGUAUUCCUCUUCAUUAUGUGUAUUCUGACAGUUGAUGACUAGAAUUACAAGAAACUACCUCAAAGAAGGAUACAUGGAGAAGACAGGUCCUAUGGUAGGUAGUUACUUUGUGAUUAUCAUACUAAAUAAUGACAUUGGAUAGAAGAAACGUAAAGUGACCUGGUUGUUACAAUGUAAUCGCAUUAUGAACAUAGUGACAAUAAAGUGUAUUUGUUGGGUAGCAAAAGGAGACGUUCAAAAAGAGAUGGUUCAUCUUGGACUCCCAAGACAGGAAGCUCCUUUACUUCAAAAGCCAGCUGGUAAGAAAGGAAUCCACCUCCUCAUCAUCUCAAAAGGGUGUGUGUGUGUGUGUGUAUUCGCUGUGUACGUGUGUGUGUGUACCUGUGUGUAUGACUCGAAUCCUAAUCUCUACACUAUCAGCAUGUUGUGUGUGUGUCUGUCUACUACAGGAUGCUGAGGAGCUGGGAGUUGUGUUCAUCGGCACAGAGACCAAUGGUUACUCAGUGAGUAAGUGCAUUCCCAAAAGGACCAGAGGCAACAGGUGGAGGUGUGGCAUCACAGUGGAGACGCCAGACCGCCAGUUUGUCUUCAUGUGUGAGCAGGAGAGGGAGCAGAGAGAGUGGGUGGAGGCCCUCAGACAGGUUAUCUCUAAACCCAUGCAGCCCCAGGACUACACCAGUAAGAGCCGUGUCACCAGUAUUCACACCACAGGAGGCUCCUGAGGGGAGGACGGCUCAUAAUAAUGGGCAGAACGGAGCAAAUGGAAUGCCAUCAAACACAUGGAAACCAUGUGUUUGAUGUAUUUGAUACCAUGCCACGGAUUCCGCUCCAGCCUUUACCACGAGCCCGUCCUCCCCAAUUAAGGUGCCACCAACCUCCUGUCACACACACACACACACACAUUAUGACAGACACACUAUGCACAUACUGUACAUAGUAUAUAUUCAUACACCAUAUGGUGAAUAAACUAAUGUACUCUUUUCUGGCUUGUCUUGUUUCAGCUGAAGCCAACAUCAGAGGGAAGAGAUGACUUUCAUGAGAGAGAGAGAGAGAGAGAGAGAGAGAGAGAGAGAGAGAGAGAGAGAGAGAGAGAGAGAGAGAGAGAGAGAGAGAGAGAGAGAGAGAGAGAGAGAGAGAGAGAGAGAGAGAGAGAGAGAGAGAGAGAGAGAGAGAGAGAGAGAGAGAGAGAGAGAGAGAGAGAGAGAGAGAGAGAGAGAGAGAGAGAGAGAGAGAUUCCACCAACAUUGGCUGCAAAGCCCACUCUGAAAACUAUCACACUUGUGGAUUGCUAUCUACACUGAACAAAAAUAUA